CCUUCUCUUCUCUUCUCUUCUCUUACCUUCUCUCUCUGUCUCUACAAAGUUCAUCAAUGGCUCUUCCUCACCAUUUAGAUCCACACCUUCAAGAUUCCAAGAAUUUCAGGGAUUUUUGCGGAAUCGACGGUCAGAUUUCGCCGGAGUUAGGGUUUGACAGCUCUGCAAACCUCCACGACCAAUCUCAGCAUCCUCCAUAUAUUCCUCCUUUUCAUGUUGCUGGUUUUGCACCUGGACCUGUUGUUCAGAUUGAUGGGUCUGAUGGUGGUAAUGGUAAUAAUGGUAAUGGUGCUGACUUUGAGUGGAACUAUGGUCUUGGUCUUGAACCAAGACGUGAGAGGUUAAAGGAACAGGAUUUUUUGGAGAACAAUUCUCAGAUAUCUUCGAUUGAUUUUUGGCAAGCUCGUUCUGUGUCAACAGGAUUGGGUCUUUCCCUUGAUAAUGCUCGUAUAGCUUCUUCUGAUGGUUCGGGUUUGUUGGCUCUUGUUGGAGACGAUAUUGAUCGGGAGUUACAGCGGCAGGAUGCAGAUAUCGAUAGGUUUAUCAAGAUUCAGGGGGAUCAGUUGCGGCAUGCUAUUCUCGAUAAGAUCCAGAGGGGUCAACAUAAAACGGUGUCACUCGUGGAGGAAAGAGUUGUUCAGAAACUCCGUGAGAAAGAUGAGGAACUAGAGACAAUAAACCGAAAGAACAAGGAACUCGAGGUGCGAAUGGAACAGCUGACAAUGGAAGCCGAGGCAUGGCAACAACGUGCAAAGUACAACGAGAACAUGAUCGCUGCCCUCAACUACAAUCUUGAGCGAGCUCAAGGUCGGCCAAGAGACAGCAUUGAAGGAUGUGGAGAUAGUGAAGUGGACGACACAGCUUCUUGCUUCAAUGGCAGAAACAACAACAGCAACAAUAACGCAAAGCCGAUGAUGAUGUGCAGGUUUUGUGGAGUGAGAGAAGUGUGUAUGUUGUUGUUGCCAUGUAAGCAUAUGUGUCUGUGUAAGGAGUGUGAGAGGAAGCUUAGCUCUUGUCCUUUGUGUCAAUCUUCUAAGUUUCUAGGUAUGGAAGUAUACAUGUGAUUGUUAUUUGACCGAACUAAUGUCUAAUUAGUUAACGAACAAACUCUAUUUGUAAUUUUCUUGCCUUUUUAAUGUUUGUUAAUAUCAUCGGAUUGGUAAGUUU